GCAAUCAUAUUGCAAUGUAUUCGCAGAGUGGAACCAAUGUAGACGAUCCGUUUUAUCUGUUGCACUACCCGCUGAAAGAUGCUAGCUAAGCUAAUGCUAGCAAGUAAGGUUAAUCAUCUUUUGAGAGCAGUGAAUGGCAUUUAUGGCAGAAGUUUCAUGUAAAAGCGCACAGGUUUUAACUUAAACAAGUGACAACAGAGACUGCUGAGAUGUCAGACUCCAAACCCCCCACCCCAACCCCAGGGGACAUGUACAAAGGCUGGCUCUUCAAAUGGACUAAUUAUAUCAAAGGUUAUCAGAGACGGUGGUUUGUCCUCAGCAAUGGCCUUUUGUCUUAUUAUAGGACACAGGCAGAGAUGGGCCACACAUGUCGGGGCACUAUCAAUUUGGCUACAGCUAACAUUGCUGUGGAAGACUCGUGUAAUUUUAUUAUUUCUAACGGUGGUGCACAGACGUACCACUUAAAGGCCAGUUCUGAGAUUGAGCGGCAGCGCUGGAUCACUGCUCUGGAGCUCGCCAAAGCAAAAGCUGUGGGCAUGCAGGCUGAUUCAGAUGACUCGGGGGAUGAUUUCUCAAUAGUGGCCCCUUCCCCAGAACAGGCAGGCUUAGGACGUAAUACAGAAAUUCAGGCCACACUUCGAACCCUCAACAGUAAAGUAGAGGAUCUAGCAACUUGCAAUGACCUUAUUGUCAAGCAUGGCACUGCACUUCAAAGGUCUUUGUCUGAACUUGAGGCCCUUCGAGUUGGAGGAGACUCAACUGAAAAGUUCAAACAAGUUACAGAGCGGGCAACAUUGUUCAGGAUCACCUCGAACGCUAUGAUCAAUGCAUGCCGGGACUUCCUCUCACUUGCCCAGACCCACAGCCGGCGCUGGCAGAAAGCUAUACAGACAGAAAGAGAACAGAAGAUCCGGUUAGAAGAGACACUGGAGCAGUUAGCCAAACAGCACAACCACCUGGAGAGGGCCUUCAGAGGAGCAACAGUCCUGCCCAACUCAUGCAGCAACCCAUCUUUAGCAACCAAAAGCACUUCAUCUGCAAAAGGCGACGCCAGCGAUGAAGACGAUGACAAUGAGUUUUUUGAUGCAAUGGAAGAGUUCAUUACUGUUCCAGCUGACCCCAAAUAUCACAAGCGUUCUAGCAGCAAUGUCAGCGGGAUCAGCUGUGAGACUGGAAUGGAUGAUCAGUCAGUAAAUUUUGAUGAGCUGUCUCUGGCAUCAAAUCCAGACUCCCCACUGUCUAUGGAGCUAGAGCCUGUUCGACAAAGACGCACACGUAUCCCAGACAAGCCAAAUUAUUAUCUGAAUUUGUGGAGCAUUAUGAAGAACUGUAUUGGGAAGGAGCUCUCAAAGAUACCAAUGCCUGUAAACUUUAACGAACCCCUGUCCAUGCUGCAACGCCUCUCAGAAGACCUGGAGUAUUAUGAGCUGCUGGACAAAGCAGCAAAGUGUCACAGCUCUUUGGAACAGAUGUGUUAUGUAGCUGCAUUCACUGUGUCCUCCUACUCCACCACAGUCCUCCGCACAGGGAAACCCUUUAAUCCACUGCUGGGAGAGACAUUUGAGCUGGACAGACUCAAAGAGAGUGGCUACCGCUCCCUUUGUGAACAAGUGAGUCACCAUCCACCAGCUGCGGCUCACCAUGCUUUCUCUGAAAAGGGGUGGACCCUGAGACAAGAGAUUACUUUAGCCAGCAAGUUUAGAGGGAAAUAUCUCUCCAUUAUGCCUUUGGGUGCUAUACAAUGUUUAUUUGACAAAAGUAAAAAUCACUAUUCCUGGAAGAAAGUUACAACAACAGUACACAACAUUAUUGUUGGAAAACUAUGGAUUGACCAGUCAGGUGAGAUCGAUGUAGUGAACCACAAGACAGGAGACCGCUGCCAUCUCAAGUUUACACCUUACAGUUACUUCUCCAGAGACGUACCCAGAAAAGUUUCAGGCGUAGUGACAGAUAAAGAUGGCAAAGCCCACUAUGUGCUGUCUGGAACCUGGGAUGAGAAGAUGGAGCUUCGUAAGGUGAUGCAGAGCAGCAUAGGUGAGAAUGGAACAGAAGGCAAACAGAGGCCAGUGUACCAAACACUCCAACCCAAAGAGAUCUGGAGAAAGAACGCAUUACCUGAGGGAGCUGAAAACAUGUAUUACUUCUCAUCACUUGCACUAACUCUGAACGAGCCAGAGGAGGGCGUGGCACCCACAGACAGCCGGCGACGCCCCGACCAGAGGCUCAUGGAGGAAGGGAGAUGGGACGAGGCUAAUGCAGAGAAGCAGAGGCUAGAGGAGAAACAACGCACAGCCCGCAAGGAGAGGGAGAGGGAGGCUGUGAAGGUUGCCAACACUCCGGAGGAAGCUGAUGCAUUGGAGCCAGGCAAUCAACCCAGUGAGGUUUCUGAUGAAAGCACCCACCCAGAUAACUACCAAGCGCUGUGGUUUGAGAAGAUAACUGACCCUGUGUCUGGGGAGACAUUACACGUCUACAAAGGAGGCUACUGGGAAACCAAGGAGCAGGGCAACUGGGACAUGUGUCCAGACAUCUUUUAACACUGCAUUGCAGGAAAUGAAAUGCUGUGAGAGGCUCAAGGCAGUUUCAGAUAUGGAAUCUGGACCACACCCCCAACACAACUAAAUAUCUUGUCACUUCAAAUUUCACUCCAGUAUUUAUUACACAUUACUUACUCGUGUUCAAAUAAAAUCAGUUAAAAAUACUUUAGUGCUUCGGACUAAGCAUUUACUAGUAAGGUGAUUUUGAUCCACAUUGAUGUUGUUUUAAAUAAGACUGAAGUUCUUUGUAACGAGUAAAGCAAAGAUGGACAUGCCGUCAUGCGUACAACAUUUCAAUGAAUUUAGUCUGACAGUUCAUUUCAAGUGAUAUAACACAUUUGCGUGAUUACUAUGUGUAGUUUUUUCAGAUGCAAAGCUCCAUAAUCUGUCUCGUGUUGACCUUUAUGAGGGUACACUUUAAAAAACAACGUCCCAGAGUUACAGCUGGAGCUGCCUGUGAUAUUGAUGUUAUUUAGUGAAGGUCAGUAAACUGUGAGGAGUCAGUAAGCUGUGAGGAGAGGUCUUCCUGAUUUCCUGUGAACAUUUCAAGCAUAGCUUUAAUCUAUGUGUUUUCCAUUUGUGCUGCACUUGUACUUUUUCUAACAGCAAUAAGAGUGCCUCUGUGAUUACAUGUGGCAUAAUGUUCAGUAUGAACAAAUGUUCAGAUAUGAAAUGAUUUAACAUGCUAGUGUCUAUCUUACCCACUGUCAUCAGCAUUGAGCGACUGAAUGGGUUCAUUUUAAAAUCUAUUAUUUUAUUUGACAUUCUCAAGUGUACUUAACAGAACACUGACACAAAAUGAUACUACAUAUUUGUGUAUGUAUGUGACGAAGUACAGAAUUUUGAAAAGAACAGGGUGAGAGAGACCGUAUGCACUUUUGUUUACAAAUAUAAUCAAUAUUAAUAUGUAGAGCUGCCCAGUGUGUUUAAUUUAAUUUAAAUAAAAAUUCUGUUAGUACCUCUGUUGACAUAACACUAAUUCUGUUCAGUUGGUUUGAUUUCUCUCUGCUGAGUUUUUGUUUCACUUGUUGAGUAUCUUUGUAGACAUGCUCUUUAGUUCUUGUGUAUAUGUGUUUUGAAUGUGUAUGUAGUGACCGUCAUCAGUUCAUUCCCUGUUCAGGACAAAGUUCUGCACAUCACUGCCGGGCAGUGCAGCUGUAGUUCACAAUUCAGGCUUUGCCUUUACUCUAUGUAAAAUAUGAUUAAGUAUGAAGUAUGUUUCUAAUAUAAAUGUCUAGUCAGGGUCUACACAUUAAUUUUUAUGUGCACUGUGUCAUUCCUCUAGGUUGUCUUUUUAAUGCAGUGUUUUAGCAGUGUUCUAUAGAAAUUAAAGUCUGUUCAAAACACA